GGAGAUGUUGAUUUGUUGUUCAGUAUAUACAUGAGAGAGAGAAGGUGGGGAGGAGGGAAGAGGGAGAUGUUGAUUUGUUGUUCAGUAUAUACAUGAGAGAGAGAAGGUGGGGAGGAGGGAAGAGGGAGAUGUUGAUUUGUUGUUCAGUAUAUACACAAAAACAGAGAGCUUUCAGCGUCACCCAAGGCUAUUGUGAGGCAGUGACAUGCCAGGCACAGCAGAGAGUGAGGGAGGGGGGUCGUCAAUGGAACAGAGGUGGAGCCGCUCACUAAUACACACUCACUACCAAC